AUGCCGAGAACACAAGAUAUCCUUGUCCAGGUUCUUGACCACGCCCAGUGCAGUGAGGAGCCUUGCGAGAGACGCCUUCCUCGGCAUAAGCUGCAAAAGCGUCUAGACCGCGUCGAUGAGGCGGGACAGAGGCAGCUGCUGCAACAAAUGCUGUGUCUGCGGCACCCCGAUCCUCUGCUGCCGGCAGGCCUUUUGGACGACAUUGACCUAGCUCUUCGGAAGUGGAUGUCGCAGAGACUGCUCACGCGUGCCGAGACCAUCAAGCCAGCACUGUUCUUUGCGCGAGACGGCACCGUCUCCGUCUGGAAAGGCGACUUGACCGCCCUGGCCAACGUCACCGUCAUCGCCAACGCCGCCAACUACCGCGCCAUCGGCUGUUUCCAGCCCUCCCAUCGCUGCAUUGACAAUGCGAUCCAUACGUGGGCCGGGCCCCGGCUCCGCGACGACUGCUACGCUCUCAUGGCGGCGAGAGGCCGCGACCUCGACCCCGGCGAGUGCAUCGUCACGCGGGGACACUGCCUUCCCGCGGCCCAUGUCGUGCACGUCCUCGGCCCCCAGCUUGCUCCCGGGGGAAAGCCCGAGCCGCGGCACGAGGAGCAGCUCGCGCAAUGCUACCGCUCCGUGCUCGAGGCCGCCGAGACGCUACCGGCCGGAGCGGACGGUCGCAAGCGGGUCGCCUUGUGCGGCAUCUCGACCGGCCUGUUUGCCUUUCCGGCGAGGCACGCUGCCGAGAUUGCGGUGCGGACGGUGGCUGCGUGGCUUCACGAUCAUUUGCAGACGACAGUGACGGAUGUCAUCUUCAACACCUUUACCGAUACGGACCACGGCAUCUACCAGGACAUCUUGUCCUCGGCCCUGCCGACGUGGCGCCGCUCGACUGCCUCGAGCCCGAACCCGUCCGCCGUAGUCGAGUGCGAGUCCAUGGUCCACGCACGCCAGUGGCUAAACUCGGCCGAUGCCGUCGUCGUGAGCGCGGGAGCUGGCCUGUCUGCCGCCGACGGCCUCGACUACACAUCAACGGCGCUCUUUACCAAAGAGUUCCCAGGCUUUCUCAAAUACGGGUUCCGGACGCUCUACAGCGUCUUUGGCUAUUCCGGCUGGCCCACGGAGCAGGACCGCUGGGGAUACUUUGCGACGCAUCUGGGCUUGGUCAAGUCCUGGCCGCCGUCGCCCAUGUAUCAGGGACUCAUCUCGUGGCUUGACAAGCUUGGACCCGACGCCCACGUCCGCACCUCCAACGCCGACGGCCUCUUCGUGGCCAACGGAUGGGCGCCCGAGAAGCUGUCCACGCCGCAGGGCUCCUAUUCGGUCCUGCAGUGCCUGUCAAACUGCCACCCCGACUCGGCGGAGCCGUCGGAGCCAUGGCUAAAAGCCGCACAGCAGUCACUGGACCCGAGGACACAGCGGCUGACGGACCCGGGCCGAGUCCCGCGGUGCCGCCGCUGCGAUGGCAUGAUGGGCAUCUGCGUCCGUGCCGACCAUCGAUUCAACGAUGCCCCAUUCAAGGACGGGGAGAGGCGGUGGAAAGAGUUCAAGGAGCGGAUGAGAGCCAACGGCAAAGAUGUUGUCAUUCUCGAGCUCGGUGUGGGAUCGUCGACGCCUGGAGUGCUGCGGUGGCCGAACGAGGACUGGGCCAGGUCCAGCGAGGGCAGGGUCAAGCUAGUGAGGGUGGCGAUGGGACCUGAAUCAGCCGCACCGUCGGAUCUGGAGGAGGAGGGUUUGGCAGCGAGCAUCAACGGCGACAUAGCCGCUGCGAUUGGGCAGUUACUUAGCCGUUCAACAGCAGUACAGUAG